UUUUUUCUGGUUUUGUUUUUCCUUCAAAGACAUUUUGUCGAGGAAAUCAACAAUCAAUCUCCGAGGAAUUCGCCCAAUCAUCAUCAUUUGCAAUUUGGAUGCGCAGACAUGUUAUAUUUUCACGCGAGGGGGCACGUAGUAGCAGGAACCGUACACGAUAUGACGUGUCCUCUGUCAGACACAGAAACUGAUGAUGUUGUGGAUAAUUAUCACGGAUAGAUACAGGAAAACUAUUCUACAUUAUUCCCGGAGAAUUAGACCAUUAUGUUUAUGGGCGCUGGUGAUAUUUUAGAAUACCUGUUGGAUUGGAAUGUAAUCUUGUGCUUAAAACAACGGGAGAAAGGAAUUGGUUUCUUAGAAUGAAUUGAGGAUGCUGACAGAAUUUACCACCGUUUCUAAUGUUAGCGUGAUAAAACUUGAAAAUGACACCUGCAGGAAAAUUCCUUUUUCGGAUGAAUGGCGGACCCUGUUCGACACGGCUACUUCUAUUGGCGUGAUAUUAGCCCUGACCAGCCUACUGGGCAACAUCUUCACCAUUGUGCAGACCAGGAUAAACAAGGUCUUACACACCCCCACCUACACGGCUAUUCUAUGUUUGGCGAUAUCGGAUAGUAUUGCCGUGGUUCUCAGAUUUAUCAAAUUCCGGGCCAAUUAUCUCUAUGCCCUGGUCUUCCAUUGCAUAGACCAGAAGGCCAAAGUAUUCGACGCAUUCGUUGGGAUUUUUGCGUUCGCUUCCUUAAACGCUUCUUGUUACCAUCUCGUUAUGCUAAGUGCGAUGCGGUAUUAUAUCGUGGCUCAUCCUCUAAAAAGUUACAGUGUGGUGACGUCAAGGAGAAUAGUAGUGUAUUCAAUUUUUUGUUGGACUUGUAGUGGUGUUAUUGGAGCCAUAUACGGGUUAAAGGUCGCUAUGAAUACCGGAUUUAUUGGAAAAGCCAUGUCUACUAAGACUUCGCUAAUUAUAGAGAUCGCGUGUGUGUUUUACCUUCUCGCUAUAACAUUAAUUCCAUGUUUGACUCUGCAUGUCAUGAAAAUUCGAAAAAUGCAUACCUAUAUGACAGUGCGCCAUCGCCAAGAGAGGAAGAUGCACACGAUGAUGGUCGCCAUUAGUGUGACGACAGUCGUCUGCCUGACUGCCGUGCUCGCCUUCUGCUUACAUUUCUAUGUUGACGGACACGAGCCGUUCUACCUCUCCAACGUCGCACAGAGUCUGUUCUUUGUCAACCAUGCAGCUCAUCCUAUUUUUUAUUUCUUGUUUUCUGGAGUGUCAAGGAACAGCCGUUGUCGAAAACGGGAAAAUGGUUCGUUUGACAGCAGUUCCGGAAGUCGUUUGCAAUCGACAAGACUUCGUACCUUCCACAGAGAAGAGUCGUAACUCCUCGUCGUAAAUUUCUUCAUUUCCGUGGAAUCAUCGUUCAUUAAUAAGGUUCACGAGUAUUCAUUUUAUGUAUUUUGUAAGAUGCAUUCUUAUAUUAAACGUACUGUAAUAUUA